CACAAUUCAAUUAUUUCCUUUCCUCAAUCAUCCACUCGUUUAAGUUUCCUACGCACCAUCCCAUUUUUUUUCCAGGAAAAUCAAGUUUCCUCCAAAAACAAAAAAUAUAAAAACCUAGAAAAUUUUCCAAACCCUAACACCCUCCUCCCCUUGAUUCGAAUUCGAAAAAUUCGAAUCUGUGAAUGGGGCUUCAGCAAUCCAAGGAGGAGCUUCUCUACGACCAAGUCAGCUAUGGCAACGUCGAAGGGCUCAAAUCCCUUCGCGCCCAAGGCGCAGGCCUCGAGUGGAUUGAUAGGGAGGGCAAGACCCCUUUGAUUGUGGCUUGUAUGAAUCCUGGGCUUACCAAUGUUGCCAAGACCUUGAUUGAUCUCGGUGCAAAUGUCAAUGCUUAUCGCCCCGGUCGGCAUGCCGGGACUCCUCUGCAUCAUGCAGCUAAAAGAGGUCUCGAAGAGACUGUCAAUUUACUUCUUUCGCGCGGAGCGAAUGCGUUGAUCAUGAAUGAUGACUGUCAGAGCCCUCUUGAUGUUGCUAGAGCGAAAGGGCAGAGUGCUGUUGUUCGCGCAAUUGAGAGGCAUAUUUGCUUGUUCUCGGGUUGGUUGCGCGAGUUGUAUGGUCCUGGAUUUCUGGAAUUACUUGCUCCGCAGUUGGUUUCAAGAAAAGUUUGGGUUGUUGUUUUGCCAUGUGGUUCCCGCAAACCUACCAAGCCUUACAAGUUGGAGCUUGCCAUAUAUUCUAGUAUGCAGGAUGCUCAACCACGUACAGUUAUUGGAUUGUGGAAUGUCAAUCUGGAAGAACCAAAAUCUCACCUGUCUGAUCCUUCGGUUAUAAUUCGUGAUAUCUCCACAAUCCCACGAGGCAGGAGGCGGAGACAAAGGCAUCAAAAACUUAGGCAAGCACGCAUUAGACUUGCAUCUGCAAAUGAAAAUGACAAGCAACAACUUCAGUGGUUUAGCAAUGCAUGCAAAGGAAUUCCACAGGCACGACCUGCAUUUUUGGGUAAUAACAAUCCAGCAACUGCACCACCAGCAACUGCAGAAGAUACAGAGUUGGCCAUGGCUCUCAGCGCCUCCCUUCAUUCUGCUUCACAGGAGAGACCACCCUUUCCAGAUGCACACCCAAUCAAUGAAUCAAUUGCCUCAAGUAGCUCCGGUACCUCUACAAAUGCUUCUAACUUGAAUGGUUGGAGUACGUCCACAAACACUGGCAGCUACAAUGGUUGGGAUGCAACAAUUGCAGCUGCUUCUCCAAAAGUAAGUAGCAGCGACUGGUCAGGGGUUCAAACUGGCCCAGUUGGUGGCUCAAGUGGACAUGCAAACAUCCAGGAAAUCUCUCCUACCCAGACAACUCCUACCUCAGAUUCAGUUGUAUCAUCUUCAACACAAUCAGCUGCAAUCCCAUCAGUUCCACCCCCAUCAGCUCCACCAGUUUUAGAUGAAAGUUUAGAUGAAUAUCCUAUCCACUAUCCAUCAAUUGAUGACAGCCCUAUUGAUCUAUCAAACCCAACUGCUGAAAGUAUACCUCCUACAGUCGAUGAAAAGAAAGGUGAUGGGGCCUCUUCUUCAUGUGUGAUUUGUUUAGAUGCACCAGUUGAAGGAGCUUGCAUCCCAUGUGGCCAUAUGGCUGGAUGCAUGUCUUGUUUGACUGAGGUUAAAGGUAAGAAAUGGGGUUGUCCUGUCUGCCGAGCUAAGAUUGAACAGGUUGUAAGGCUCUAUGCUGUAUGAGUCAUGCCAGUCAACCAUACUAUAAAACUUGAAUACCUUGAAGAAUCUGGAAUCUGUUUGUCUCCAAUAACAGAUGAAGUUUUAUGUUAGGAGCCCCCACCCCGAGAUUUUGAUGUACAUACCAUGGUUUUUCAAGUAUCAGUGAGGCAGCAGUUUCCCUUCAUUUUAAUUUUUCAUGGUGUGUAAGUUCUGUAUGUAAAAACGAUUGCAUUUCCCUAAAAUCUUAGGGACUGUCACAGAAGUCUUAUGUUAAUAUCUACUUGCGGACGAGUUAUGAU